AUGGAGAGAAUAAGUGAAGUAGGAGAUAGAGAUGAUGACGACGAUGAUGACGAGAAACAAGCUCCUAUGGUUUGGAGCAGAAGAAAAUGGGGAGCAAGUGCUCAUCCAGUAUUUCGCACCAUGGCUCACUCUGGCUUAGAUCAAGCACAAAGGUCUACAAGCUGGGGUGCUGAGCAGCCUGACCGUUCUUGGAAACGUGAGGGUGUUCCAAUUGUUUAUCUUUUUGCUUACGUGAUCCUCAAUGGUGGGAAACCCCCAUUUCCCGUUCAACAUAUCGAAGAAGCAGCCCUUGGGUAUUUCUACGAAAAGAGUAGAAAUUAUACAUUGUAUGGACAUGAAUACAAUAGGCAUCAAAAGAGUCAGUUUCUUACCGAAUUGGAAGCAAAUAAUGACAAGGAUGUGUACUCGGGAUCUCAAGAUUCUGUUUCUUAUCAAGAUGGACGGCAUAGAUGGAACUGGAAUAGAGAAAAAUCUGUUUAUAUGUAA